AUACCUAAUGUGAUGCUAGCUGAUGCAGACGAUGGCUUGUCAUUAGACACAGUACAUGUGUAUGUUCCCAAAGCAGUCACAGUCAGAGUGUGGGUGUACUGUGCAGUCACUGGGUCAUUCAACACAGUCUGGGUUCCUUGGGUGACAGUGGUGGAGUCUCUGGUCCAAGUGACAGUGGUAGCAGGUCCACCAGUGGAGAUACAGAGCUACACCAUCAGGGAAAAACCAUUGUCCACGAUGAGGACCAUCUACACUUCUGCAACAAGUCUCCCAGAUCAGUGUGACACCAAACACUGGUGCUAUCACUUUGCCCCACUGUUCAAGGUCUACAUAACUAUGGUUAGGUAGCCCAGCUCCCAUGGAUAAGGAGACAUAAGGGAAAGUCUGACAGUCGACCUCCAGACUACAGAGGAGACUCAACGCAAGCACAAAUCUCGAAUCCA